AUGACGAUUUCCUACGAAGAAGAGUUUUCGGCGCUGAUGCUGAGAUGGCGUGGGUCGUUGUGGAAGGCCGUACUCAAAGAUCUCAUCGCUUUUUACAUUGCUUACUACAUUAUUUUGUUUGCUCAGGUAAGUAAGUUCACAAGAUUUUGUAAAAUACGUUUUUUUUGUUUGAAAUAAUAUUUUCUACUCUUUAUUACUACUAAUACUUCUAAAACUUUAUGAAUGAUUUUUAAAUAAAAUUACUCAACGUCUUUUCUUUAGUGGUACCUCCUAGACGAAAAGCAAAAAGAAUACUUUACCGGUUGGAUACAUUGGUGUGAGAUUGGGUCACAAUAUAUUCCCUUGUCAUUCUUGCUCGGUUUCUUCGUCGCUGUGAUUGUGGGACGUUGGUGGGAGCAAUUUAACUAUAUCAGUUGGCCAGACAAGUUCAUAAUGACUGCUGCUGCUUGUUUGCCAGGAAAGGAAAACAUUGACACUAGAUUUACACUGGCCAGAUGGAGCAGUUUGGAGGUAUGUUAAAAACGUUGGGUAAGGCAGGGUAGGAAUGAGAACCGGAGCUUUUUGAAAAUUUUAAAUUUUUUAAAUUUUUUUAAAAUUUUAAAACUUUUUUGUCCCGGGACUACACGGCUUCUUUUUCACUUCUAGGAGAGGGUAAAGUAGACUAAGGUAGGGUAAGGGCAAAAAAAGUACAAAAAUGUCAUCUUUAGUCAGCCAUUGCAUGGAAAGCAUUGUCAGUGCGAACUUUAAAGCGUUUCCCAACAGAACGUCACUUAGUUGAAAGUCGUUUGAUGACAGAAGAAGAAUAUGACUUGUUCACUAACUUCGAUGCUCCCCAUGGGAAAUGGUAUUUUUUAAUCAAUUUUUAAAGUAACGUAUUUUACAAAAAAAAAUUUUCAUUUGGUUUUGUUAUGUAAUAUUUUCUAUACUUCAACUUUUAUGCAAAUUUUAAUUAAAAUAUUUAAAAAAUUUUUUUUUUACUUUGAGACUGCCAAAAACAAUAUAUUAGAACAAAACCUUCUGUCAUUCCAGGUUCGUUCCCAUCAUGUGGAUGUUAAACCUGAUCAAGAAGCAAUACGCUGAAAAGAAGAUCGAUUCAAUUCAAUUCCAAAUGUUAUUAGAUCAAUUAUUCAAAUUCCGUGAUGGUUUUGCCAUGUUAUACGUGUACGACUGGGUUAAGAUACCAUUAGUAUAUACCCAAGUGGUAGCUAUCGCCACCUACGGUUACUUCUUCAUCUGUUUAUUAGGUCGUCAACCAAAGCUGGAUGUAAAGAGUAUGCAAACUGAGAUUACAAUUCUGUUCCCCAUCUUCACCACCUUCCAAAUGUUAUUCUACUUGGGAUGGCUGAAGGUUGGACAGUACUUGAUGAAUCCGUUUGGUGAAGAUGAUGAUGACUUUGGCAAGUUGGGGCUGGGGCUUAAGCUUAAACUAGGGCUAGGGCUGAUGAUAGGGCUAAAGCUAGGGCUAACCUGAAGCAAAAAAUCCUUUAUAGUCAUCUAAAAGACUCCGAUUUUAGAACUCAAUUACAUUCUGGACCGUAACACAUUGAUAGCCAAACAAAUGGCUGUCGAUUUGGCUGAUCAAAUGCCAACUGCUACUCCAAACAAGCUGAAUCCUCAACUUCCACACACUCGUGCUUCCUUCAAGAUUCAAGAUAUCAUACCUAAAGGACAUUUGGAAGACUUCAAGAUACCGCACAAGGAGAUGCAGCUGAUUGAAAUCGAAGAAUUGAGUCGAAAGUCGCAUCGCGAAAAGAAGGGCGGGGUAAAUAACCGACUCGACGCUAAUGUCACGUAAGUUUAUGACAUUUAUGAGGGUGACAAUGAAGUGAUAUGACCUAAUACAAGCUAUGUAUAUACAAUAUUUGACUUCAGUUUUAUAAGAUAGCAUUUGUAAUACUAAGUAGUACUAGUAUUUUAUAUUAUAAUUCGUAAUCAUAAAUAAUAUUUUAGAGAAGACCGUUUACCAUUGUCCGGCUACAAACAUCCCGGUGACGUAGAUGUAUGA